CCGCGCCAUGCCGCCGGAAGCCUCCUCGUCGACGGGCUUCAUCGCCGGCCGCACCCGGCCGCUGCCGGCGGAGCGGCCGCACCUGACGCGGUGCACCAAGCUGCUGUGCUCGGCGUUCCUCACGCUCCUCCUCGUCGCCGGCGUGAUCGUCUUCGUCGCCUACCUCGCCGUCCGCCCGCACCGGCCGCGGUUCCACGUGACGGCCUUCACGGCGUCCGGCAUCCCGUCCGGCGGCGGGCCGGUGGUCCUGUCGGGGCAGCUCGCCGUCCGCAACCCGAACCGGGACAUCGCCUACUUCUUCGACCGGUUCUACCUGUCGGUGGAGUACCGCGGCGGCGACGUGGCCAGGGACCGGCCCCUGACGGCGGCGCCGCUGUACCAGCCGCCCAAGACCACGUCGCCGCUGCCGUUCGAGGGCGUGGAGGUGUCAGCCGGCGAGGACAUGGCCAAGGACGCGGCGGAGGGCGACGGCAGGGUGGAGAUGACGGUCAGGGUGCGGUCGCGGAUCCGCGCGCGGCUGGCGUUCUGGGGCAACCGGCACUGGCACCCGCUCAACGUCCGCUGCGAGGUGGCCGUGGGCCCCGACGGGCAGCUGCUGGCCGAGUACCUGCAGAAGCGCUGCAGCAUAGACUUCUUCUAGGAGGGGCGCCAUUGCUACGAGCUAGUAUAGUGAUUAAGAACUGACAAACAGUGUGAAUGUGCGAUGCCCCGUGCGUGCGUGAUUUUGUAAAGGGACAAACAUGACGAGAGAUAACAACAGUCAGCAUCUUCUUUCAUCAACCUAGGGACUAAUUAGGGCUCAACAACAAAGCCUGUAUGCGACAUUACAUUAGAGGAGUGAAAAAUACAUCUGCAGCCACAUCAAGCAAAUGGCGUGGGCUGAUAUAUACAUCCACGUCAGAACUAAGAGCAACUCCAAACAUGUCCUCUUUCCCCUUUCCCUUUUUCAGGUUAUAUAGGGGAGCCCCCUUUCACAAUUUCAGGUUAGGAAAGAGUUCUGCAGCAGAUCCCCUUUCCCCCAUCCAAUCGUUCAUGUUAUAUGGGGCCCAUCUGUCAG